AUGCUUGCAAUAUCAGUAUUUCUCCACUCAAGGUGGAUUCUGAGAGCGCUUUUCCUGUGCUUGGCGGUUAACAAUGUAAAUGUGUAUUGCGCCAAGGUUAGCGACCUGACUCCACGAGUUGGUCACAACAAUGCGAUUAUUCCACGUUUUCAUCAUCUGGAGAGGCCUAGUAGCUCCCUGCGAGAUUUGAAGCGAUCUGUCAAGCAUGUACUAGAUAGGUGCGCUGAAACUCCAGUGUCAUCAUCCUUGGGCGCCACUUCGCUGUUGAUAUCUAGUUCAGUUUGGAUUGGUUUAGUGCGGCCCGAGUCUUUGAUGAACUAUGGGUCACGGCGGCCGUUUUUAAAUUGCUGUAUCCCGCUGGCAAGCGCCUUUUUGAUACCCGAACUUAAUGGAAGCGGAGUCCUAAAUUUGCUAUCAUUUUACGUAUUGCUUCGGCAAUCGGAAGACGCAAAUGGUAGUGCCCAUCUUCUUCGGCGCUUAAUAUAUAACCUGCUUACUACCACUGUAGUCUCUGGUGUGUUUGGAAUGCCACCGGAUUUCCACAAGUUCUCACGAGCCUUUACGGUGGCCAAUGCAUUGGAGAAUCCCAACCAUCAUGUGCAAUUUCAAGGUGUAAUAUCAAUGAAGCAGUGGCAUUUGCCGUUGGCAUUGUUGCUCGCCGAUUAUUUGAUGACUCUACGCAUGGACCAGGCAAUAGAGGGAUCAAAAGCUACAAUCGCAGGCGCUGCCACUUAUAUACUCUGUAACAAGAUAUAA